AUUUAAUAACCCCCAGAGCGCGUCUCCAAGUCCAACUCCCAAGAGUCACAAGGCUCAAGCUCAGCACAAUCUUGACCAUCCUCGCCAAGUCAAGACUUCACUCUUGUAUUCCCUAGCCUCCAAAGUCAAGUCCCAAGCACAUAGCCGCCAUGGCCUUGCCGUCCAAGGUCUACCAGGUCCUGGUCGGCGUCUUCGCUGCCCUGGGCUCGUUCCUCUACGGCUACGACCUGACAAUUGUCGCAGAGGUCGUCGCCAGCCAGUCCUUCAACCGCAAGUUCAACCCCAGCGUCGACGAGAUCGGCCUCGUCGCCUCCCUCCUCACUGCUGGCGCCUUUGUCGGCGCUGGGCUGGCUGCCACCACCAGUGACUUCCUCGGUCGCCGCGUCACCAUCGGCACAGGUGGUCUCGUUUUCUGUCUCGGUGGUGCCCUUCAGACGGGCGCAGAGAACUAUAGCUAUGUCAUCGGCGGCAGAUUCAUCAGUGGCUGCGGUGUCGGUAUCCUCACCAUGAUCAUCCCCCUGUAUCAAGCCGAGCUGGCGCACCCAGACAUUCGCGGCCUCGUCACGGGCCUGCAGCAGUUCAUGCUCGGCGUCGGUGGCGUCUGCGGUGCCUGGAUCAGCUACGGCACCUACGUCGGCUUCGACGACGACCGCCAGUGGCGCAUCCCCUUUGGUCUCCAGAUCGUCCCCGCCGCCCUCCUCGCCGGUCUCAUCGUCUUCUUUCCCGAGUCCCCUCGCUGGCUCAUCAAGAAGGGCAGGACCGAGGACGGUCUGCGGACGCUGGCCAGACUCCACUCAGGUGGCAACACCGAGGAUGCCUGGGUCAUCGCCGAGCACCAGCAGAUCCAGGACUCGGUCGCGCACGAGUCCGAGGUCGAGGCCAAGUCGUACACCGAGCUCUUCCGCGACCGUGCCAACUUCCGCCGGGUCGUCAUCGCCUGUGCCAUCCAGGCAGCCACGCAGAUGACGGGCAUCUCGGCCAUCCAGUACUACUCUGUCACCAUCUUUGCCCAAGUCGGCAUCACGGGCGAAGACACCCUUCGAUACCAGGCCAUCAACUCCGUCAUUGGCCUCAUCAGCGAGGUCCUGAUCAUGCUCCUCGUCGACAAGACCGGUCGUCGCACCAUCAUCAUCGCCGGCAGUCUGCUCAUGUCCUUGACCUACAUUAUCAGCACCGUCCUCAUGGCCAUGUUCCCAGCCUCCGCGCACAGCACGGGGGCCCAUUGGGGCUUCAUCAUCAUGACCUGGCUCUUCAACUUCUGCUUCUCCAGCAUGGGUUCUCUCUCCUGGAUCAUCCCCGCCGAAAUGUUCGACACCCAGACACGCGCCAAGGGAGUGGCCCUCGCCACCAUGACCUCCUUUGCGUUCAACACCAUGAUCGGACAGGUUACGCCUCUCGGCAUGGCCAACGUGGGCUGGCGCUUCUACAUUCUCUUUGUGGUGACCAAUAUCACCAACGCCCUCUUCUUCUGGUCUUUCCUCCCGGAGACCGGCAAGGUGCCGCUCGAGGAGAUGAGGCGUCUCUUCUCCGAAUCGCCCCUCUUCAUCGGCAGCAGGGACACGAGCCAGUAUGUCAACCACGAUGUCUCGCACCUGGCCCACCAGCUCGACGAGAAGCACCAGGCCACGACUGUGGAGUAAGGCAGUGCUGGGAUGAGAUACCUUGGGUGACGGGGAUCCUAGAAUUUGUCCAUGCCGGAUUUUCCGUCUUCUUCAGCACUUGGAGGCGGAACGAAGCAUGUUGGUGCCUUGUUGCCAGGA